AUGAAUUCAACAAUCGAUCUAGUUUUUCUUUCAAAUACCACCUUCAGUAUCGAAUUCUGGCAUAUUCCACUGGAUAUUUUCAAUAUCGUCUGUCUGAUUUUGGUCAUUGUAUUGUCAUUACUAUUUUUAUCAAUCAUCAUCUUUGAUAAAACAUGCCAUACCGUUCCGAUGUUAUUCGUAGCAAAUUCCUGCGUCAUUGGAGUGUUACAUGCAAGUAAUAUGUUUUGGAUCAGCAUACUUCGAUUACAAAAUGAUCUUCAAACGACUCAACAUCAGGAUCGCUCGUGUAUCUUUCAAGCUUAUCUUCGAUAUGCUUUCUGUGCUAUCGUUAUCUGUUCAUUUCUUCUUCAAGCCGUUUAUCGAUAUUUGAUUGUUUUCUAUCCGAAACAUGUCACUUGGCUCUCAUUAAGAAGUCAAUUUCUCCUUAUCGUUCUCACGUGGCUCUAUGGAUUGACAUUUCCCAUGGCUUUUAUGUUUAAUGGCGACAUCGGUUACAUUGCUGAUAUUGAUGUUUGUGACGUUCCUCUUCGACUUUCUUUUGCAUUAAUUUUUCUCUCACUGUGUGUCUAUUCGAUUCCACUCUCAUUGGUGAUGUUUAUUUAUCUGAAACUGAUUCGUUAUGUUAAGAUGAUGAACCAACGUGUGACACCGGCGAAUGUUUUAUUUCGUAUUCAACGCGAAUUGAAAAUGAUCCGACAGAUAGUUAUCACAAUAACCGUUCUCGUCCCGAUCUGUAUUCCAUAUACAAUCUUCUUUAUUUUGUCGUUUUUCACCGCUCUCCCGGUGUAUUAUUUUCGGAUACUGUUUACAUUUGCGGUUGGAUCAUUCUUAUUCACAAUGCUUACCGUUUUCAAAUUUACUGACCCGUUGAAACUAUCAAUGAUGAAGAAACUCAAUAUACGGUCGAAAAUACUUAUUCCAACAGUGAGAAUAACCAAAGUCUAG